UCUAGCUACCGUAGGCAGAUUGGCUAUUCAGACGCGCGUUGUUGUCUCCGCGCAGCGCCGUUGGGAUUUCCCGUUGUUGCUCGCGCUGCCCAGAACCCUGUGAAGUGGCGACUGCAUGUAGCACUGCUCCUCUUCCUUAGCAACGGAGGCAAGGCGAUCCAAGGAGGAAAGUUCUUUGUUAGUUCAAGGAAAGUUCUUUGUCUGACCUCUCUGCCACAACAGUAUGGAUAUGAGCACCAGUGCAGCAGGAGAUGAUGGCGAUCUGGAUGAUCUUCUCAACAGUGCUUUGGACGAGUUUCAGAGGCAAGGGAAGUCGUUAGGCAAUGGCAGUACGAACGUACGUGGAUCGACACCUGUGCCACUGUGCGAUGGGUCAGCGGAAGUUUGGCAGCGCGGGACGGGUUUGGCCGAUGGCGCACCUGUUGCUUGCAGUUCAGCCACAGAAUUCCUUCCCGAUGUACAGGGUUUGGGUGGAAAGGGCCUACCUGCUUUGGCGCCGGAUAGGCGGAGGGUGAAGAAGCCCUCUGGCCAUGCAGCAGCCAGCGCCGCAGCUCCCAAAGGGGGGUCGUCCUCCGGCGUUAGUGAAUUGAGUGGUCGUGACGGUGUCAGCGCGACGUUGCAAGCUUUGGCCAAUCAGACGCGUCAAACUGUCGAUCGGAUGGAUCCCAACGCAAAUGAAGAUGCGACUGAUCAGGAGUUUGUCGAAAAGCUCAUGCAGCAAUUCGAGGCCCUCGGCGGAUCCCAAGAUAUUCAGGGCUUGAUGGAGACGAUGAUCAAGCAGCUGUUGUCGAAGGAGGUCCUGCACGCGCCGAUGAUGGAAAUUUCGGAGAGGUAUCCGGUCUGGUUGGAGGCGAACAAGUCGAAGAUCAGCGAAGAGGAUUACAAGCGCUAUGCGAAGCAACUUGAACUGAUGAGGAGUUUGUGCGAAAUGUACGACACACGACCCGAUGAUUUUGAGCGAAUCAUGGAGCUGAUGCAGCAAAUGCAGGAUUGCGGCAAUCCUCCUAGCGAGAUUAUGAAGGAGCUUGCGCCGGGCCUGGAUGUGGGAAAGGAUGGACUGCCGGUGUUGCCCGACUUAUCAGCCCUCGCUGGAAUGGCGGGCGGCGGUGCUGGGGGCUUACCCGAUUUGGGGGGACAAGACGUGCCGCCUCAAUGUACAAUCUCCUAGCGCAUCAAGUCGUGUUUCCCGCUUGGGAACAAGGUGAACCUUAGAUUCUAGCAGAGUCAAUCAAUGUCUAGGGUGGUCUGGUCUAUGUCUAGGGUGUGGUGGUUGUGCAGCCUUUUUGCAAGGCUUCUUCCUUGUUGGGGUCGAUGUCUACAGUUUAGGGAGGGUUGUGCAGCCUUUUUAUGCAAGGCUCCUUGGUAGCUCUAGAUCGGAUUGUUCCUUAUUUGUUGAUCAGAGAGUUUACCUUCAAGUUUUCACGGAUCGGAAAAGUUUGGCUCCGGUAUGUGUCAUGAACUGUUGAAAGACAGACGGCAGUUCGAAUCGCAAUGAACUCAGACGAGUAAAUAGUCUGAGUAAAUAACUCUGAAUGUA